GUGACGGCUCAUUCUCACUCCUCUCGGUUCCUUCUCUCUUCUUCUUCUUUGCACUGCUUUUCUUCCCUUUCACUUGAUCCUCUCUCUCUCUCCCCCAACAAUUCCACCGUUUCAAACUCUAAGCCGUCUAUCUCUUGAUUUUUCCCACUUGAUUAGAGAGUUCCGUUUUCAGACGGGUAAUUUUCAAGCACAUCGUUCAAUGGGUGGAGUUUGUUCAAGGAAGAGAGACCAACAGGUUGAUGAAGAUGGUGUGCAGAUACAGGUCUCUGGGAGGUAUGGCAAAAGUGGCAGUUCAAAAUGGUUGAGAACCUCCUUUUCUCGGCCUGUUAUAGAUUGCCAGUUAGGAAGAGAAAGUUGCCCGUCUCUGAUGGAAUUAUGCAUUCAUAAAAUAUGCGAGGACAUUGAUAGAUAUACCAAAUUUUCCAUGCUGCCAAGGGAUAUAUCUCAACAAAUCUUCGACAAUUUUGUGGAUUCCCAUUGUCUUACUUCUGCUUCUCUUGAAGCUUUUCGAGAUUGUGCUAUACAGGAUGUUAAUUUGGGAGAAUAUCCUGAAGUGAAUGACAGCUGGAUGGAUAUUAUUUCUUCACAAGGCUUGUCUUUACUCUCUGUUGAUCUUUCUGGAUCCAGUGUUACAGACGAUGGGCUGAGUCUCCUGAAAGAUUGUUCAAACAUCCAAGUGCUUAGUUUCAAUUACUGUGAUCAAAUUUCAGAGCCUGGACUAAAAAAUAUUAGUGGUCUUUCAAACUUGACAUCUUUGAGUUUUAAAAAGAGCAACACUGUUACUGCCGAAGGAAUGCGUGCCUUUUCCAGCUUAGUUAACCUAGCAAAGUUGGACCUGGAAAGGUGUUCUCGGAUUCAUGGUGGACUUAUUCAUCUUAAAGGUUUAACAAAGCUGGAGUCACUUAACAUCAGAUAUUGUAAAUGCAUUACAGAUUCAGACUUGAAGGCUCUUUCAGGACUUACUAGCUUGAAGGAGUUACAGAUGUCCUGCAGUAACAUUACAGAUAUUGGAAUUUCUUACUUGAAAGGUUUAUGCAAGCUUAUGUUGUUGGAUGUGGAAGGAUGCCAUGUUACCACCUCAUGUUUGGAUUCUCUAUCAGCUCUUGUUGCCCUGUCAUACUUAAAUCUUAAUAGAUGCGGUUUAUCUGAUGUUGGAUGUGAGAAAUUUUCUGGAUUAAAAAAUUUGAAGGUGUUAAACAUGGGAUUCAACAAUAUAACUGAUGCAUGUUUGGUGCAUCUGAAAGGUUUAACAAAUUUGGAGAGCUUGAACCUGGAUUCGUGUAGUAUUGAGGAUGAAGGGCUGGCUAAUUUGACAGGCCUCUCACUCUUGAAAUGUUUGGAAUUGUCUGAUACUAAAGUGGGAAGCAAUGGACUCUGUCAUCUCUCAGGUUUGACUAAACUUGAGAGCUUAAAUUUGUCCUUCACAUUAGUAACUGAUAGUGGUUUAAAAAAAUUGUGUGGAUUGACAUCCCUUAAAUCGCUAAAUCUGGAUGCUCGCCAAAUCACGGAUGCUGGGCUUGCAGCUAUCACCAGUUUGACUGGGUUGACUCAUCUGGAUCUGUUUGGGGCUCGUAUUUCGGAUGCUGGAACAAACUGUUUGAGACACUUCAAGAACCUCCAGACACUAGAAAUAUGCGGUGGAGGAUUAACCGACGCUGGAGUAAAGAAUAUCAAAGGCCUUGCUUCCUUGACACUGUUGAACCUGUCACAGAACUGCAACCUGACUGAUAAAACCUUGGAAAUGAUUUCUGGAUUGACUGCAUUAGUGUCUCUAAAUGUGUCAAAUUCUCGCAUAACAAACAACGGGUUACAGCAUUUGAAGCCUUUGAAGAAUUUACUUUCACUAUCCUUGGAGUCCUGCAAGGUGACUGCAUCUGAAAUCAGGAAGCUUCAGUCAACUGCCCUUCCCAAUUUGGUAAGCUUUCGACCUGAAUAGUUUGGGAACUGCUGAAAAAUACUUUGUAAAUUUCUGCUUUAUACUUGAAUAAUUUCAAAACAGUCGAAAAAUACUUUGUAAAUUCUUGCUAUCAGCCCAGGAUAGCUUUGUUUAUCUAUUGUGUAUCUAUCUAUCUAAAACCCUCUUCAGUACUGUACAUACCGCAUAGCAGAAAUAAAAUAUGGAUGGAUGUAAAUAUAAAGCUUUGUUUAUCUAUUGUAAAUAGAUGCUUGUUUGGAUGUAAACUACUGCUAUGAAUUGUGGAAUAAAACAAUUUCAAGCCAUGCAGAAUGCUGGAUUCUGCUGUUGGAUUAUGAA